GCGCUGAGUCACUUUCACGAGGUAGGGAGCCGGUUCCUGAGUUGAGUACAUUACAGGGGGUGUUAAACCUGCGUUUGCAGCAUUGCGGAUCCCAUUGGAAGGCAGAGGAGAGCCGUGCCACGUUUGACAGCCGUCUGGACCCCACUCUUCCUAUAGGCACCUUGCACUCCUCCCAACAGAACACCCGCCCCUCUUGCCCUUGAUUGAACUGCAGCUUCAGGCGGCACCAUGCCGAGAGAGUUAACAAGGAACCCGAUGCAGAAAAUAUGGAUGCCUUACAAAGACGAGAGGCCCGCAGUACCAUCCCAAUCAUAUAUUCCACACCUUACCAACUCUCCCACUGUGAUUGUGAUGGUGGGGCUACCAGCUCGAGGGAAGACCUACAUAGCUAAGAAGCUGACCCGAUAUCUCAACUGGAUAGGAGCCCCAACCAAAGUUUUCAACGUUGGCGAGUAUCGUCGAGAGGCUGUUAAGUGGUAUCGGUCAUAUGACUUCUUCCGCCAUGACAACGAAGAUGCUAUGAAAAUUCGGAAGCAGUGUGCCUUGGCAGCCUUGAGAGAUGUAAGGCUCUAUCUAUCAGAGGAAGGUGGCCAAAUUGCAGUUUUCGAUGCUACAAAUACCACCAGAGAUAGACGGGCGAUGAUCCUGAACUUUGCAGAAGAAAAUGGAUGGAAGGUGUUUUUUGUUGAGUCUGUCUGCGAUGAUCCCAGUGUGGUGGCAGCCAACAUCAUGGAUGUGAAGGUGUCCAGUCCAGAUUAUAUGGAUUGUAACAGGGCGGACGCAAUGGAAGACUUCCUCAAGAGAAUCGAGUGCUACAAAGCAACCUAUCAGCCUCUGGACCCAGACAACUACGAUAAAGACCUCUCGUUCAUCAAGGUGAUUAACGUGGGCAGGCGGUUCCUGGUAAACCGGGUUCAGGAUCACAUCCAGAGCAGAAUAGUCUAUUACCUAAUGAACAUUCACGUCCAUCCUCGUACAAUCUACUUGUGUCGCCAUGGGGAGAGUGAAUAUAACCUCAAGGGCAAGAUUGGUGGCGAUUCUGGGCUCUCUUACAGAGGGAAGAAGUUUUCCACAGCAUUAAGGACGUUUUUGGAGGAGCAGAACCUGAAGGAUCUGAAGGUCUGGACCAGCCAGUUGCAGAGGACCAUCCAGACGGCUGAGGUGUUGGGAAGCCAUUAUGAGCAGUGGAAAGCACUCAAUGAAAUAGAUGCUGGUGUAUGUGAAGAUAUGACCUAUGAAGAAAUCAAGGAGCAAUACCCUGAGGAAUACUCCCUCCGGGAACAGGACAAAUAUUAUUACCGCUACCCAACGGGAGAGUCUUACCAGGACCUGGUGCAGCGCCUGGAGCCGGUUAUUAUGGAACUGGAGAGACAGGGUGAUGUUUUAGUCAUCUGUCAUCAAGCAGUCAUGCGCUGCCUUCUCGCAUACUUCCUGGAUAAAAGUGCAGAUGAGCUGCCGUACCUCAAGUGUCCUCUUCACACUGUACUCAAAUUGACUCCUUUUGCAUAUGGUUGCAAGGUUGAGUCUAUCUUUUUGAACGUGGAGGCGGUAAACACACACAGAGAUCGGCCAGAGGACGUUGGUAAGAAGGGAUCAAACCCACUCAUGCGGCGUAAUAGUGUAACUCCACUAGCCAGCCCAGAGCCCAACAAAAAGCCGAGGAUUGAAGGCCUCGAGGACCAUGUGGCCUCCUCUUCCUCAUCCAUGCCCGUCUCUCUGGCUUCCGAAGGGUCCACACCCCUGCCUGGACAAGUUAGUCGACUUCCGUACCAUUCUGCCUGUUGCUGAUCCUACCGCCACCUCAAUCUGCAGAAUGUAAGUGAGAUGCCAAGACCUUCUGAAGCUGUGGUGACCCUCUCUGUCCAAGACUGAAACGCUUGUUUGCUUUUGGAGGUUGCAUAUUGCUUUAAAACCAAGCCCCUAUUGUCAAGAGACACUGGAUUCCUUGCUCUGGAUAUCAGCUGCUUGGAUGCAUUGGAGAAGAAUUGUGGAUUUAACCUGAGAACUUCGACCACUCUAACACUCACUGAAUGUCUUGCUACUGUAAUAAUGUGCAAGUGCUUUUACUGAACAAAAGUUGUUCUUCUGGUUGUAAAUAGCUAGGACAUCUCGUUGGAGGGAUAUAUUGAAUUGUGUAUACAUAAUGUAAAUAGAUACAGGAGGGUUUGACUCUAUUUUCCUGUUUAUCAUGAAAUGUACAGUCUUGCGUGCAGGAACACUUCUGUUCCUGAAAUAUUCACUACAAUACCAUGGAGGCCAGUUUAACUUCAGAAUGCUGAAGGUCUGGGCAUACAGCUAGUUAAAAGAAUUAUGCACAUAUUUAUGGGAAAAGCAGGGGUUGCCAUGUGACCAAUUCCGUUUUUGCUUUGUAAUUUCCUUAUUUUUUGUGUGAAAUAUUGAUGUUAAUUGUUACAAAAUGGCUCCAGGCAAGACAGAACCUGGAACCAUUGGGAGUAUGUGACUGAACACUGAUGUGUUGAUGUAAAAGUUUACACAUACCAGCCUUGGCAGAGAUUGGGGAUGUGAAACACCUAUAUGUAAAUAGACUUUGGCUUUCUUGGAAAGUUCUCAUUCUAGAAUAAUGAAAGUGAAGGUGUUGUUUCAAUGACUGAAAAGGAACUAAGAUCUGAGCAAGUGGAGGGGGCAAUGAUUUUUUUCUCCAAGCAUAUCUGAACUAAACUCUGGCUGUAUAAUCUGGCAAAAACUUGCACCUAUUGCCUGCUGUCACCUGGUAAUGAAAAAAUGUAUGAGCUUGAUAUUCAUGUUUUCCCCCAUUACCACCUUGGCACAAGACGUAGGGUUAAUAAACUUUCCUGUUACUCAGCUGGGCUGCGCUGAGAUUCGGCAAACCCGGAGGCUGAUGCUAUCCAAACACAUGUUCCCUCACUACCAAGAGGGUCCUAACCAAAUGUCAUAGGAUGGCAGAGACCGGUUAUGUGGAUGUGUGUAGUCUGUCAAGUGAUAGUGCAAUUAUUGCAGAGCACCAGAGGAGUCUAGCAUUACCAAAGGAUGCAGUUUCCACCCUCUUGUCACUGUGCUGAACUCAUUUUUCAUUAACUCCGACUGUUUCAUUAGCUGACAAGGGCAUGGUGUGACCACUGCCUAGUGUGUUUAUCUUGCACAGGAGGAGUUUAGCAGUAUUGAAGUGAUUGAGGGUUUUGAGAGGGUGUAGGGUGGGAGAUGAAAAUGCACUUGAGCUAAAGCCUACUGGAGCUCUUUCUGACAAACCACCAGCAUGCUAUUUAUGGUUCAUUCCUUCCGUGAUAGAAGCAUUGUUGCACACUUUUUAUUUAUCUGUGUUUUUGAGUUGGGGAUGUGGGCAGGAAGAGUUUGGAUCAGGGAGGGGUUGGUUCUGAAACUCUUACAUUAAUUCAAUUGAGUGCAGCUUUAGUGUAUCCUGGGAUUAGUAUUCACUGAAGUGUCUACAGCAAUGUACUCAUUCCAGUCCAAUGGUGUCAUUAUUUGGAUGAGUGGAUAAGAGUGGAAAGUUGGUAUGAUAUUUUUAGUUAAUUCUGUUAAGUUUUAUGUAUUUUGUUGUACUCUGUCCUAACCAAAUUUAUUUAAGUUUCAGAAUACAAGGGAACAUUUCCCUCUUAACAGCUUGGCAUGUUGCACCUACUGUGUAUGUGAUUUUUUUUUUCCUUGUGAGGAAGUCAGCUAGGUAACAUCAUAGUAAACGCAGGGUACACAGUUUCUGAACAUGCAGAAUUUUGCAUUUGCUGGACCAAUAAUAAAAUAAGUUUAAUGAAAGCAGUUU